CCAUCGCCAAGCAACCUCGCUACAUAUUCUUUCGUCUACCGCAUUGUUCUGGCUUACUCGAUCGGUGACUCCAUAGUUUAUACACACGCACGCACAAAUCAGAUCAGAGCAGGUGCAGGGAAGUGUGACCAGAUUACUACAGGUAGCUGGAGGCCGGUGGCGUGACGUGAGGAGGAGCUAUGAACGGGAACAUCGGUUCCACGACGGCGUCGCCUCACCCGAGCACGGACUGGGGCCCGAUCAUCGUCGCGGUGGUCCUCUUCGUGCUGCUGUCGCCGGGGCUGCUGUUCCAGCUGCCGGCGAGGACCAGGGUGGUGGAGCUCGGCAACAUGGCCACCAGCGCCAUCGCCAUCCUCGUCCACGCCGUCAUCUUCUUCUGCGUCCUCACCCUCGUCGUCGUCGCCAUCGGAGUGCACGUAUACGCUGCCUAGUUUCUUCUCCAGACAGAGAUGGUUCUUUUUCUUGAUUCGGCGCUGCCCUGCCCCUGACUUUCUUUGAGUCUUUGUCUGUUUGAUUUGGUCGGCUCUGAACUGCAGAAACACUAGAUGAGACAGUACGUAUAUAUAUACUAAUUCUUGGAUCAGGAUUUGCUCACGUGUAAUUAGUUAUCCAUACUCAUUAUUGAUGAACAUGAAUUUGGGUUCUCCUUUGAGGCUUUAA